GCUGGGCACUGCGGCCGCCGUGCCAGGGUGACCGGUAGCGCCGUAGCCGAGGUGGCGACGCGGGGCGGGGCGGGCGGAAAGAGGAGGAAGGAGGUGGUGCUGCGGGAUGGCGGCGACAACCUACGAGCUGCUGAAGCUGCAUAUCACACCUGAAAAAUUUUACGUGGAAGCUUGUGACGAUGGAGCAGAUGAUGUGCUUAUCAUCGACCGCGUGUCCACAGAGGUCACCCUCUCAGUCAAGAAAGAUAUUCCUCCUUCAGCUGUUACAAGACCAAUAUUUGGUAUACUGGGCACAAUCCAUCUGGUGGCAGGAAAUUAUCUAAUUGUCAUUACCAAAAAGAUAAAAAUAGGUGAAUUUUUCAAUCAUGUAAUCUGGAAAGCAACAGAUUUUGAUAUUCUUUCUUAUAAGAAGACCAUGUUGCACUUAACUGAUAUUCAGUUACAAGAUAAUAAAACCUUCCUAGCAAUGAUAAACCAUGUCUUGAAUGUGGACGGAUAUUACUUUUCAACCACCUAUGAUCUGACCCACACUCUGCAGCGGCUGUCCAACACCAGUCCGGAGUUCCAGGAGAUGAGCCUCUUGGAGAGGGCAGAUCAGCGAUUUGUAUGGAAUGGUCAUCUUCUGAGAGAACUUUCUGCUCAGCCAGAGGUCCAUCGGUUUGCUCUUCCAGUGUUGCAUGGCUUUAUUACCAUGCACUCCUGUUCUGUGAAUGGAAAGUACUUUGAUUGGAUUCUCAUCUCGAGGAGAAGCUGUUUCAGAGCUGGCGUGCGCUACUACGUGAGAGGAAUUGAUUCUGAAGGCCAUGCAGCUAACUUUGUGGAAACAGAACAAAUUGUCCACUACAAUGGAAGCAAAGCUUCAUUUGUCCAGACUCGAGGAUCAAUACCAGUUUUCUGGUCUCAGAGACCAAACCUCAAGUACAAACCACGGCCACAGAUCAACAAAGUAGCUAAUCAUAUGGAUGGUUUCCAAAGGCAUUUUGAUUCGCAAGUAAUUAUUUAUGGAAAACAAAUCAUAAUCAAUCUGGUUAACCAGAAGGGCUCAGAGAAGCCACUUGAACAGGCAUUUGCAACUAUGGUGUCCUCCUUGGCAAAUGGAAUGAUCAGGUAUGUUGCCUUUGACUUCCAUAAGGAAUGUAAACAUAUGAGAUGGGAUCGACUAAAUAUUUUAUUGGAUCGGGUAGCAGAAAUGCAAGAUGAAUUAAGUUAUUUUCUAGUAGACUCUACCGGCAAGGUGGUGACGAACCAGGAGGGCGUGUUCCGCAGUAACUGCAUGGAUUGUCUGGAUAGGACCAACGUGAUCCAGAGUCUGCUAGCUCGGCGCUCGCUCCAGGCCCAGCUGCAGAGACUGGGUGUUUUGCAUGUGGGACAAAAGCUUGAAGAGCAAGAUGAAUUUGAGAAGAUUUACAAAAAUGCCUGGGCUGACAAUGCAAAUGCUUGCGCCAAACAGUACGCGGGGACCGGUGCCUUGAAGACCGACUUCACCAGAACCGGGAAGAGAACUCAGCUGGGACUUUUCAAGGACGGCUGGAACUCACUCGUACGGUAUUACAAGAACAACUUCUCGGACGGAUUCAGACAGGACGCCAUAGACUUGUUUCUUGGGAACUACUCGGUGGACGAACUAGAAUCUCAUAGUCCUUUAAGUGUUCCUCGGGAUUUGAAAUUCCUGGCUUUGCCGAUUAUCAUGGUCGUGGCCUUUUCGAUGUGCAUCAUCUGUUUGCUUAUGGCUGGUGACACCUGGACAGAAACACUGGCCUACGUGCUUUUCUGGGGAGUUGCCAGCGUGGGGACGUUUUUCAUCAUUCUUUACAAUGGCAAAGAUUUUGUUGAUGCUCCCAGAUUGGUCCAGAAAGAAAAGAUAGACUGAGUUUGUGUCUGUGGAAAGCGGCUUGGCUUAGAAGAUUCCAUGAUGCAGAACUGGAGUCUUUACUGACCCGCUUUCCACACGAGCCCGAGGCCCUCAACAGCCCUUCCCCGAGAGCACUGUGCUGGCGGGCUGACGGCGCAGGGUUGGUGUCUGCCCGAUGCUCUGCCGUCGGCGCUGCUACGCUGUAAUUGGAAGCUCCUGUAAUCACAUGUAGCCUGAUUCAGCUCACACAACGGAAGGGGUCCGCUCAUUGUCAGUUUAAUCAGCUGUGGCCGAAUACGUAAUAUAUAUCAAAAUCUAGCUUCCUUCACUAUUUAAACAGUCGGAUUACUUUUCCAGCUCAGUUUCAUUAUUGUCGUCAUGGAAGCAGCCACUGUUAGCAGCCACCUUCCCCCUCAUCUUUGGACUUUCCUUAAAAGGAAAGUUUAUAAAAUGCUACGUUUAUAAAAUGUCAGUCUCUCCCACUCAUCAAGGAGCUGGACAGCCCGGCCCUGGCUUCGCGGCGGCAGAGGAGGGUGGGCUGCCCGCCGCGGGGGACGGAAAGUUCAGGUACACGGGACCUUUCUGAAAGGAGUAAAUGAAAUUUUAGAAAGUCUGUCUUAUGCUGAUGGUCCAGAGCCACCCGGUUGAAAGGAUCCCUUGGCUGCCCAGCUGCUUCCUCUCGGGCAUUUCCGUUUCUUUGGGCCCCUCAUGGGGACGCGGCCCCGGGCCCCCUGCUGGCCUGGCGGUGCGCAGCAGUCCCGCGUGUACUGCCCGCUGCUUUCCCGCCGCCUGCCGGGCUCCGUCAGCCAUCAGUGAGCGUGUCUGACACAUAGUGCUUCCAGGGAGUCGUAGUUCUCAAUCAAGGACCAACUUAAACUUUGAUUUGUGUAAAACAUACCCCAAAAAUAGGCUGUGGAAGCUGUGAUGGGUCUGAGUCGGACUGUGUCCAGGUUGUAAUUAUGAGAUUCGAAUGGUGGGAAAGCGUGGGCGGUGCACCUGCGUGCGUGCGUGUGCCGCGCUGGCCGUGGAGCGUUUUCCUGAGGCUCUGAAGGCGCUUUUCCGCAUUCCUUCUUCAGCAUUAUCUUUUAUAAACAUUAAUACGAGGAUUUGCUUUCUGAAACUCUGAAGGAAAUAGUAGCUGGAAAACCUGUAGCUUAAAACCAGUCAUUAAAACUCCCAAUAGUGUAAGUAACUAGAACUACCUGUUCUUAACAUGUAAAUAAGCAGAAUUUGUUCCAAAGACGAAGUAUUGAAACUUAGCUCCUAUCUACUGUAACCUAUUACUCAAAUGCGACUGGGCAUUUCAUGUUGAGAAGUUACUUCAACAACUAGACGACAGACCGAGCCUGACCUGGCGUGGCUGCUUCGCGUGAAUGAACAUGGUGUGGCCAGUCGCAAGGUGUUGAUUCUUCAGAGCCCUGCAGUGAUUGUAUUUCUAAAUUCCUGUAUGAAUAUCCAUAAGUGAGAAUAAAAUGUCAUAUUUUCUAAC